AUGGGGCCAUGGGGCAGAUGUAUGGGCAGUGACUGUGGCCCAGGUGGCAGCCAGAGUCGGGCUGUGUGGUGUGCCCACGUGGACGGCUGGACCACCCUCCACACCAACUGUGACCAGUCCCAGCGGCCUUCCAACCAGCAGAACUGCUUCCGUGUGUGCGACUGGCACAAGGACCUUUACGACUGGAAACUCGGUGCCUGGAACCAGUGUGUGUCCGUGUCAGCAAGAACCUUUGGGGGCAUGCGGCCAUACGUAUGCAAUGGGGGUGAGGAGGGCAUUCAGACCCGGGAGGUGGGCUGCAUACUAAAGUCAGACGAAUCUCUCGGAGACGACACCAUCUGUGAGUACUUUGAGCCCAAGCCUCGACUAGAGCAGGCCUGCCUCAUCCCCUGCCCUCAGGAUUGUGUAGUGUCUGAAUUCACCCCCUGGACAUCCUGCUCAAAAACCUGUGGAACCGGCCUAAAGAACCGGGUGCGCAGUGUCCUGGUGCCUCCACUCUUCGGGGGUUCAGCCUGCCCAAACCUAACCGAAUUCCAGACCUGUAAGCCAGGGUCUUGUAAGGGGCCUGAGGGGGUGUACAGCCUCAGGGUGGGGCCCUGGAUGCCCUGUUCUCUCCCCAUUUCCCGGCCGGUGCGGCAGGCCAAGCAUAGGAAGGGUAAAGGGGGGGCCAGGGAGAGGCCUGGGGUCAAAGACCCUGAUACUAGGGAGCUGAUCCAGAAGAAACGGACCAGGAACCGGCUCAACAGGCAGGAGAGCCCCUUCUGGGACAUCCAGGUGGGAUACCAGAGUCGCACGGUGUCCUGUGCACACAGGAACGGGAGCACGGUGGGACUCAGUCUUUGUCUGCCCUGGGACCUCCCUCUGACGGUCCAGUCCUGCAUCCUUGCUAAGGACUGUAAGCUGAGCGAGUGGGCAGACUGGGGCCCCUGCUCCAAGGCCUGUCUAGACCCAGACCCUGAGUCCUCCAGGGGUCAACGCUCCAGGACCAGACGAGUGCACCAGUUCUCCGUGGGGGAGGGGGAGGACUGCCCACCGCUGGAGGAGACGGAGCCAUGUGACCCCCAGGGGGAUGGAGUACUGCCCUGCGCCACUUACACCUGGAGGACUACAGAGUGGAGCGACUGUAGAGUGGACUCGUUGCUAAGCCAACAGGACCGUCGGCGUAGCAACCAGACCGGCCUGUGUGGGGGAGGGCUCCAGAAUCGAGAGGUGUACUGUGUCCAGGCCAACGCCGAACUACUGACCUACCUCAACAACCUCAAAGACAAAGAUGCGUCCCGUCCUGUGGACAGCAAGCUAUGUGGGGGUCCCGUCCCCAACACGUCCCAGCUGUGUCACAUCCUCUGUCCCAUCGAGUGUGAAGUGUCCCCAUGGGGGGCCUGGGGACCCUGCACCUAUGAGAACUGUGACGUCCAAGAAGGGAAGAAAGGUUUUAAACUGAGGAAACGGGAGAUCAGCAAUGAGCCAACAGGUGGACCAGGGAACUGUCCUCACCUGGUGGAGGCUGUCCCAUGUGACGAACCCAGCUGCUGGGACUGGCGCCUGGUCAGACUGGAUGAGUGUAUCCCCGACGGGGAGCUGCCGUGUGGCCCCGGGGCACAGAUACCUCAGGUCCAGUGUGUCAACAGCACUGGUGACAUGGUGGACAAGGAGCUGUGUGGGGGAGCCUCUGCCCCUGAGCCCAUCGCCUGUGAUGUGCCUUGCCCUAAGGACUGUGUCCUCAGCGACUGGACCUCCUGGUCCUCCUGCUCCCAAACCUGUUCCAGCAAAACCAUCGAGGGCAAGCAGCUAAGGACCCGCUCCAUACUGGCCUACAACGCUGGCGAAGGUGGUGGCAUGUGCCCCAACAGCAGUUCCCUGCAGGAGGUGCGUAACUGCAAUGAGCAUGCAUGUACGGUGUACCACUGGCAGACUGGCCCCUGGGGCCCCUGUACUGAAGACCCCUCAGCCUCAGCCCUCAACACCACCACUGGCCCCAGGUCUGCUGCCGGCCCCAACACCAGUGGGCAGGGCCCUUGUUCCCAGGGCAUGCAGACACGCAAGGUCAUCUGUGUACGGGUCAACGUGGGACAGGUGCCGCCCAAGAAGUGUCCUGAGAGUCCUCGUCCAGGCACAGUGCGACCCUGUCGAAUGCCCUGUAAGAAGGACUGCAUCGUCACCCCCUUCAGCGACUGGUCCCAGUGCUCUCCCAGCUGUGAUGCAGCUGGUAACAUUCAGAAGAAGAAGCAGUCAAGAAAUCGCGUCAUCCUCCAGCUGCCAGCCAACGGGGGCCAAGACUGUCCUGAGGUGCUGGAGGAGGAGAAAGACUGUGAGGCUCCUAAAGUCUGCCCUGGUUACAGGUGGAAGUCACACAAAUGGAGAAGGUGUCAAUUGGUGCCAUGGUACAUCAGGGAGGACAGCCCAGGGGCUCAGGAGACAUGUGGACCAGGUCUUCAAACAAGAGCCGUGUCCUGUCGCCAACUGGACGGAGUGCAGGCAGACAUUGGAGAGUGUCUGAAGUUUGCCAACACCAUGCCCCCCAUCACUCAGCGGUGCCAGCUCCCAUGCCAGGACGAUUGCCAGCUCACCAACUGGUCCAAGUUCUCGUCCUGCACAGCUGACUGUGUGGGGGUCCGAACCAGGAAGAGGUUACUUGUAGGGAGAAGCAAGAAGAAGGACAAGUGUAAGAACACCCAGAUGUACCCUCUGAGCGAGACCCAGUACUGCCCGUGUGACAAGUACAACGCCCAGCCCGUGGGCAACUGGUCCGACUGCAUCCUGGCCGGGGGAGACCGGGUGGAGAGCCUCCUGGGCAUGAAGGUCCAGGGGAACGUCAAGGAGUGUGGCCAGGGCUACCGUUACCAGGCCAUGGUGUGUUACGACCAGGACAACAGACUGGUGGAGACCUCACGAUGCAACAGCCACGGCUACAUUGAGGAGGCGUGCAUCAUCCCCUGUCCGUCAGACUGUAAGCUCAGCGAGUGGUCCAACUGGUCCCGCUGCAGUAAGUCAUGUGGUAGCGGGGUCAAAGUGCGUUCCAAGUGGCUCCGGGAGAAACCGUACAACGGAGGGCGACCCUGCCCCAAACUGGACCACAUCAACCAGGCCCAGGUGUAUGAGGUUGUGCCAUGUAUUAGUGACUGUAGUCAGUAUGUGUGGGUGGCUGAACCCUGGAGUGUAUGGAAGGUCAGCAACUUGGACCUGAAGGAGAACUGUGGAGAGGGCGUCCAGACCCGCAAAGUCAGGUGUAUGCUGAACACUAUUGACGGUCCAUCUGAGUCUGUGGAGGACUACCUGUGUGACCCGGAGGACAUGCCCUUGGGGACGCGGGGAAGCCGGCUGCCCUGCCCCGAGGACUGUGUCCUCUCUGACUGGAGCAGCUGGAACCGCUGCAGCCUGCCAUGCAGUUACAACAACAGCAGGAAACGGACAGCCUACGCCAUCCGGUCACCUGGAGCAGGGAGACAAUGUCCGGAAACCACAGAGAAGGAGCCAUGUAGUCUGAACCUGAACUGCUUUCACUAUUUCUACAACAUCACAGACUGGAGCACAUGUCAGCUAAGUGCCAAUGCUGUGUGUGGGAAUGGCAUCAAGACGCGGAUGCUGGAUUGUGUACGCAGCGACGGCAAGUCUGUUGACCUCAAGUUCUGUAAGGAGCUGAGCCUGGAGAGGAAGUGGCAAAUGAACAUUUCCUGUGUGGUGGAGUGUCCCGUCAACUGCCAGCUGUCUGAUUGGUCGGCCUGGUCGGAAUGCUCACACACGUGUGGACUGGAUGGGAGGAUGUGGCGUAGCAGGGUGGUGGUGCAGGGGUCCCAGGGAGACGGGCGUCCCUGUCCCUCUCAGCUGGAGCAGUGGAAACCUUGUCCUGUCAGACCCUGUUACAGGUGGCAGUACAGUCCCUGGUCUGAGUGCAGAGUGGAGGAGGUGGUAUGUGGAGCGGGACUUCGCUACCGGAACCUGUCGUGCUUCGUGUCGGACGGCUCCGGAGAAGGAGAGGGCAGCAUGGUGGAGGAGGAGCUGUGUGGGGGUCUGGAGCUGGCUGUCAACAGAGACAAACUGAUCAUACUGAAGGAGACCUGUGUUCUGCCCUGUCCAGGGGAAUGCUACCUGAUGGAGUGGUCUGACUGGAGCCCGUGUCUGAGUGUGUGUGCCAAAGGGGCCGGCGUGGACUUUGGCUCUGUCCAGGUGCGCUCACGAGCCGUCAUGGCCCAGGAGCCCGAGAACGUCCAGCUGUGUCCUGACCAGGAUUGGGAGUCCCGACCCUGCACUGAUGGGGAGUGUUUUGAGUACAAGUGGAUGAGCAGCACGUGGUCAGGCUCCUCUCGCGUCACCUGGUGUCAGCGCUCUGAUGGACUCAACGUCACAGGAGGAUGCCCCCCUAUCAAUCCUCAAGGGAACGACAACAACUCCUGUGACCCGCCGUGUCAAAUGCCAAUGUCCUUCUGCACUGAGGCUGACGUGUGUAUGUGCGAGGAGGGCUACACAGAGGUGAUGUCCUCCAGUGACCAGCUGGACCACUGCACCCCCAUACCCAUUCUGGAGAUCCCCACAGCCGGGGACAAGAAGACUGACGUGAAGACCAGCCGUGCCAUCAACCCCACCCUGCCUGGCACCAUACAGCCUGGACGCACCUGGUACCUGCAACCCUUUGGAUCAGAUGGCAAGCUGAAGAUGUGGGUAUAUGGUGUAGCAGUGGGAGCCCUGGUACUGCUCAUGUUCAUAAUGUCUAUGAUAUACCUAGCUUGCAAAAAGCCAAAGAAACCAAAGAGACAGAGGCAAAUGAACAACCGAUUGAAACCUCUCACCCUAGCCUAUGAUGGGGACGCUGACAUGUAG